AUGGCACUUAGGCAGGCUGCUUGUAGCACCUCCAUGUUGCUUGCGCCACUGCUUCGAGCGCUGUUCAACCUCAUCAACGCACACUUUCUCACCUACACCGUCUAUCAUUGUAUGGAUUCUACCAAUACGGCCAAGCAAGCGGACAAUGUUCUGUUACCUCCAAACAGCCGCGACGUUUGUACUACGACGUAUGCGCGAGCUGCGUGUUUCGACGCUGGGUAUUGCAACAACACCAAAGAAAUAUGGAGUUUUAAGAAGGAGCAGGUGCUUGUCAUAUGUAAAAGCUCGCGUGUUUUGGAGGUCAUCUACAACCGCGAGAGCAUUGGUAGUACGGCACGCAUCGGUUGCACGUUUAUUCAACAUGUCCAAUGUCAUCAAAAGACCCCGGAACGACCUGUUAGACUCCUGAGCGACUCAUCAUCUCGAUCCGACGAUUUCAGGUCACACUUGGGUGACUUGCACGGCGAUGUCAUGGUUCGAAGGGCCGAGAAUGGCCUGCUGCAGGAGCAGCAAAUUGUGACUGAUUUUCCUGAGCUCGCACUCACCACUGAUCUAUCCAUCGCGGACCAUGGGCCCAAAGCAGUCCAACGUCGAAGUGACCCCGCGAUAACGAUUAUGAGCGCGCGUGCGAGGGCCGCUCCACAGUACCACCUCCAGUAA